AUGUCUUUUCUCACAACAACCCACCAAACCCUCACUCUCACCCCUAUUCCUCCUCAUAUCCCCAAGACCCAGGUGCUUGCCCUACUACACAAUCAUUCGAAAAUGAUAAGCUUGAACCCCCUAGUCACAGCCCAUACUCUCCUCCCACCCACGCAUAUCCUUGCCGUCGAUUUCUUCAAAACCGAGCCCCCAUCCCUCCAACCAAGCACUUCGUGUCCCUGUGAAAUCUGGGAAAUAACAGAUGAUAUGUCCGCCGUGGAAGGAGACAAUGGAGGAGGAUGGCGAGGCGGCUGGGCAAAACGGUUUGUCCCCGAUAAAAUCACUUAUACAUCGAGUCUCCAAGAUCGCGAAGAUGGAUUAGUUAGUGUUACGCAUGCGCCAAUGGGGGUACACAGUGUGACGACGUGGAUUGUGAGGGAAGCGGGGCCGGGGGAAAGUUCGUUAAUGCUUGGGGAGGGGCGAUUGGUGCUCGAGGAGAAGGGGGUUGUGAGAGCGAGUAGAAUGUUGAUGGGAUUUAUAAAGACGACCUUGCAGGAGAGUCAUGAGAAGUUGGUAAAGGACUUCAUGAAGGUUUUGAAGGGGGAGGGUGCGGAUGGAGAAGAGGUGGAAAAUGGUGCGAAGGGGGAAUUAUAG